UCGCGAGGCGACGCGAAGAGUGAGUCGAACGACAAAAUAGUGGGGAGGAAAGGGUCGUAGGGACGAGAGGAGAAACGCGUGGAACGCUUGGAAGGGGCAGAAGGGACGAGAGUCCGGCGGUCGAGUGUGGCAGAUGGAGGGGGGGCCCCGCUUGUCGGGCGAUGCCACUCAACUGAAUCCCCGCUCUGUCCUCGCGGCAGUCUGACGCCGGUCGCGCAGUCAGCAUGGCUGGAUUUUCUCGCAGUUUUUCGCCGGUUCUACCGAGCUAGAGACGAGUACGAGUCUAUCUUGUUUCCGUGUCGGUAGUGCAUGCUGUCUGAGUGUCGUCGUCAGAGCCGUUCGAGACCAUUCGCAAUCGAGUGUCGGAAACGCGUGCUUUGGCAAGCCGAGAGCGAAAGAGACGCCAGAUAACCGAACCUAACCUCCAAAGACAGAGAUGCGUCGAGACGUAACUCUCGUUUCGCGGUCGCGGUGACGCAGAUCUCGUUUAUUUCCGUAUCGUUUAUAUUCGCGAUACGGAACUUAUCGAGACAAAUGUGCUGCUUGCCGUAUUGUUCGUCGUGCAUAUAAUAUUGUGAUUUUCGUCGUCGUGAUCGCGCCUAAAGUGCGUCGCGUGACAAUCGUGUGUGCUGCUCGUGUGUCUUGGCAUAGGAACAGAACAAGGACAGAAAGCGUGCAAAGAACAAAAGGGAACGGAAAACUACUAUGCGUCCCGGCGUGAACGAAUCGGUGACGUUUCCCGAGUGAAUGUGUGUGAAGAAACAGAGUGUGGAUGAGAGAGAAAUAGUGUUGACCCAUGAAGAAGGAAGAACGAUAGAAAGGUUGGACGAAAAGAGACUUGGCCAUCGACAAAUCUUGACCCAAGAACGGGAAAAGAUUUCUUGGAAAGCAGUUUCGUCGAAGGUGACUCGGUGUUUUUGGGAUGGAACAGCGUCUCGAAUCAACGCUUUCUUGGAAUAGACUUUUUUUUUACACCGACUCGUGAAACAAGGGGAACCAACGACGCUGUACGAGAUCGAUAAAGGCGAUAGGGUAACGUUCGAAAAUCGUUCCGGCCGGGAAGCAUCGUAGCUUUCCAUCGUCCCUAAUUGACAGGUAGAAAGAGGAGGAGCGUGUAUAGCAGCCUCUCCGCGGAGGAGAGAGCGGGAAGAAAAGAAAAGACGACGCGCACGACACACGUUAAGAACAUCGUGGAGAAAAGCUAGACAAGGACGAAAGGAAGAAGAAGAGGAGGAGGAGGAAGAAGAAGAAGAAGAAGAAGAAGAAGAGAGGACACGAAAUUUACGAGUGAACCGGGUUUACUUGCUUGUCUAGGAGGCAAACACACCGGGGAUAUCUUGAGCCAGUCGUGUGCCGUAACAAAUGACGGCGCCGUAAAAUCAGCUAACCGUGGAACGGAACCGGAAGUGGAGGCCGGAUUUUCGCGAAAGUUUCAACGGCGCCGGAUAAAAAAUUCCCGUCUGAGUUGACUUUGGACUCGAGUUUCCAAAAAAUUCGCAACAUCCUCCAUCCAGCGUCCAUGUUGAACUGAAAAUUCUUCGUCCUUAAAAAUUAUUCCUUUUCUUUUCCACGAUCUAACCGCGACAUGGUCUCGAACAAACAAUACCGGGAGAAAUAUUCGUCCAUAUUUAUCGAUUAAAGGAGAGAAUGUCGAGGAUCCGAGGCACCGAUCGCUGAGAAAAAAGAAGGAAGUGAAAUCCAUCGAGGGGGGAGACGUUGGGCCAAAUGGGUUAAAAAUCGGAUCGCGAUGGACGGCGCGACCCCGUGCUGCUCGCAAAAUGGUGAUCGUGCUGCCGUCGUGGAAACGCAACAAGUGGCGAUCUUAAUUUUAAGUUAUCAUCGAUGUUUUCGAAAAGACGGGCCGGAUUCGACGAUCCAGGACCCGCCGUUUUCGAUCUGAGCUUCGAGUUGACCCGAGUCUCGAACCAACAAUCGCCUAAAGAGAUAAGAAGAGAAAUAUCGAAUUCAAGGAUUUUUAUUCGUAUUCUUUAAUCAUUCAGCAAAAAUUCCGUUUUAUCGAGACGCUGGGAUUAAUUCUCUCUCUCUCUCUCUUUCUCUCUCUUCUCUCCUCUCUUUCUCUCUCUUUCUCUCUGCGAUAGAAAAAUCCAAGUAUCAAAGGAAAUUUUCAAUUAAUUCCCGUGUUUGAGAAAGAAUACUCGAUCCCGAGAUUUCGAGUAGGGGAGAUCGAGUCCUCGGUUAGAUUGGUUCGCUAUUAAUCUUCGACGAGAAGGUUUUGAUCGAGGUUGAAGAGGAAUCUCGAAGGCAGAUUCGAUAUCCUCUCGAUAUUCAAGGGAAAGAGAGUGGACGAGUAUGAGCAGCGUCGAUGCCCGGCGAAGCAAGAGAGGGUAUCCUUGUUCCGGAAGUGAGGGACGAUUGUCGCCCCGGGCGCGACGCUACACGAGGUGAUUCGAGGUACGUUUCGCGUCUCCACGGGGCAGGGAGGAACAAUCCGGAGAUAAUCUGAGAGACAACAGGACAGUACCUCGUCGAAUGAGACGAUGGUGAUGAAGAUUUCCGCGGUCGAGGCUGGCGUUCCUUUACUAAGCGCCGUCGGUCCGCGCUGCGUCGUCAAGCAGGCCACGGUGAAACGAUGCGUCGCGGCGCUGCUUCUCGUCUCCGUCGCCAGUAUAUUUUAUUACACGCAUUAUAUCAUCAGCAGCCCGCUGUCCAGCCUAAUCCAUCGAGACACUAGACCAGAGCCAUCGAUCAGGUGUUCGACACUGAGGGGCGCAACGAGGUUACCCUCUGCGCCGGAUCAUCGUAGCGAAGCUCGUUUAAGGACGGAUCCAAAGGUAUUGGUCUUCGUGGAAACGCUGUAUUCUAUGUUGGGAAAAAACAUAGCGGAACUGUUAGUCUCCAAUCGAAUCAAAUACAAACUGGAAGUGGCUGGCAAGUCUCUACCCGUGUUGACAAACUUGGACAAAGGUCGAUACGGUGUCUUAAUCUUUGAGAAUCUGAACAAGUACCUGCAGAUGGACAAGUGGAAUCGCGAAUUGCUAGAUAAAUAUUGCAGAGAAUAUUCGGUCGGCAUCGUGGGAUUCGCGCCGUCCGGCGAGGAAAGUCUCGUCGGUGCGCAACUAAAGGGUUUUCCUUUGUUCGUGCAUACUAAUCUCAGGCUGAAGGAUGCACAACUGAACGCGGCGUCUCCUAUCCUCCGAUUAACCAGAUCCGGAGAAACGGCCUGGGGACCACUUCCUGGCGGUGACUGGACCAUUUUUCAGGCCAAUCACAGCACCUACGAACCUCUGGCAUGGGCACAUCGGGACAGCCUCGACUAUCCGGCCAAUAAAAGUCCUCUGGCGACUGUCAUUCAGGAUCACGGGAGAUACGAUGGGAUUCAGAGAGUCUUUUUUGGCGGAGGAUUACGAUUCUGGCUACACAACUUGUUGUUACUCGACUCUCUCUCCUACUUGUCCCACGGCCAGUUGAGCCUAAGCCUUAAUCGCAUGAUCUUGGUGGACGUCGAUGAUAUAUUCGUCGGUGAGAAAGGAACAAGAUUAAGAAAGGACGACGUGAUGGCGCUGUUGAUUACCCAACAGAGGAUCCAGGCGUUGGUACCUGGUUUCAAAUUUAACUUGGGGUUUUCUGGAAAAUAUUUCCAUCACGGUACCUCCGAGGAAAAUCUGGGGGACGAUAUGCUUCUGGAGAACGUCGACAGAUUUACGUGGUUUUCUCACAUGUGGAAUCAUCAACAACCUCACCUUUACGAGAAUGUAACGCAUCUACAAUUAGACAUGGCGUUGAACAAACAAUUCGCGAAAGACCACGGAAUUCCAACAGGAAGCGGUUACAGCGUAAGUCCUCAUCAUUCCGGCGUUUAUCCGGUCCACGAAGGAUUAUAUGAAGCGUGGAAAAGAGUAUGGAAUAUCAAAGUCACAAGCACGGAAGAGUAUCCCCAUUUGAGGCCAGCUCGAUUAAGAAGAGGAUUUAUUCAUCGUAAUAUAAUGGUUCUACCGAGACAAACCUGUGGCCUUUUCACACACACGAUCUUCAUCGAUAGAUAUCCAGGCGGAAGAGAGAAGCUGGACAGAUCAAUACAGGGUGGCGAACUUUUCCAGACAAUCGUUCACAAUCCUAUCAAUAUUUUUAUGACUCAUAUGUCGAAUUAUGGAAACGAUCGUCUGGCAUUGUACACCUUCGAAUCUGUGAUUAAAUUUAUCCAAUGUUGGACGAAUUUGAGAUUAUCCAGUGCACCGCCUCUUCAGUUAGCGGAGAGAUAUUUUCAACUCUAUCCCGAGGAAUCUGAUCCUGUGUGGGGUAAUCCCUGUGAUGAUCAGAGGCAUCAAAAGAUUUGGUCGAGGAACAAGACGUGCGAUCAACUACCUAGGUUUCUGGUAAUUGGUCCUCAAAAAACUGGCACUACUGCUCUCUACACUUUCCUCUCCAUUCAUCCUGCGAUAAGCAGCAAUUUACCAAGUCCUGACACGUUCGAGGAAAUUCAGUUCUUCAAUGGAAAAAAUUAUUACAAAGGCCUUGAUUGGUACAUGAGCUUUUUCCCAGCAUCGAAAAACGAGAGUUCGAGAUAUCUGUUUGAAAAAUCUGCAACUUAUUUCGAUGGGGAGUUAGUACCACGCAGAGCUCACGCUCUUCUACCUAGAGCAAAAUUAAUUACUAUACUACUUUCGCCCGCUAGGCGUGCCUAUUCAUGGUAUCAGCACACGAGAGUUCACGGCGAUCCUGUAGCAAAUAAUUAUUCCUUUCACUCGGUUAUCACAGCAAGCGAUACAGCACCAAAACCCCUACGCGAUCUCAGGAAUAGAUGUUUAAAUCCCGGAAAAUAUGCUCAGCAUCUGGAAAGAUGGCUUUCCUAUUAUCCGCCUCAACAAUUGCACAUUAUAGACGGCGAACAGUUGCGACAAAAUCCUGUAGAAACGUUGCACGAGUUACAAAGGUUCCUCAAGAUCACGCCCGCUUUCAAUUACUCGUCUCAUUUGAGGUACGAUCCGAAGAAAGGAUUCUUUUGUCAAGUUACUAAUGAGGAUCGAACGAAAUGCCUUGGCAAGAGCAAAGGCCGUCAAUAUCCGCCUAUGGAGGAUAAAUCGUACAAAUUAUUACAGAGAUAUUAUUUAUCCCACAACACGGCCCUAGUGAAAUUAUUGAAACGGCUCGGGUUGAGAACUAUCCCACAGUGGCUGAAAGAAGAUCUUACCGACACGGUGAUGACCUAGCAAACGUCGAUUAUAUGAAACGACACCGUUUCUGAAUUGUUUAUCUCUACGGUGAACGAAAUUCAUCGGUUAUUAGCUGAAGAUCUGUAACAUAAUUGUACAUUCGAUAUAUUCCACUGGACUCCAAAUCCUCGACGGAAGGACCAUUACAGUGGCCUAUCCCAGUGGUUUGGCCUAAGAUCCGUGGGAAGCCUGCGAAACUAGUCACUAAACGAUUUUAAGGUGAAUCGUGACUGUCGAUCGUUGUUAAGCCAAUAGCACUAUUAUUAACGUUAUAUUAUUAUUGUCGUCGUUGUUGCGUCGUAGAAAACAUGAUUAUUAAGAGUACAGCCCGUUCGCUGGUGCCAUCAUCCGUCUAUAAUGAUUGGACGCUUUUCGUUCUGAUCUUUACUACUAAAAAAUACUACUAUAAUAUAAUAAGAAGAAAAAAAGAGAAUUCCUAAUUUGUACUCGAGUUAAAUUCUUCUUCAAUCUUAGUACAACAUAUUUUUCUUCAACGAAGAAGACGACAAUAUAUUAAUAAAUCAAAAGACCACAAACAAAAACGCACAUUUUGGCUUUGCGUAAUGAUAAUCAUAAACAAUUUGUCGACUCGGGUACAAUGACUCUUUACAAAUUUGAGUAGUAAAGAGAAGAAGGAUGCUUUAACGAGUGAAAUUAGAAGCGAUCAAAAAAAAAUUGUAUUUUAGAAACUUGACUUUUGUGAGACAAGAUCUGUCCAAAUCGUGUUACAAUGUUUGAAGAGAUUUAUUUCCUCAUGAAAAUGAUUAAUGGAUAAAUCGAAUUUGUUGAUAUUUAAAUCGACGAUCCGUCAGUCCUUCACUUCUGGUACUAAUUGCAGGAUUGCUUCUGCGAGUGUGAGACUUUUGGAAAGUUUGAACUUUUUUCUCGCCCACUUACUCUCUCAGAGACACGAUGUACAUUAAUUCUCGUUAUGUAAGCGUAUUAAAAUAAAAAAGUAAAUAAAUAAAAAACAAGAAAAAAGCUAUAUGAUGAUUCUAUGUAUAUUUUGACAAUACUAUUCUUGGUACUGCUAAUAGAAAGUCGAUGAAAGAUGUAUGAUCGCGUCCGUUUGUACAUUUAUGUAUUGUAUUGUUUUGAUGUGAUUAUAGGUGUACCAUAAUGACUUAAUAAGAUGGAAAAUCAGAAACUAUUUCACAAAUAGUUAUUGAUGAUCAUUUUUUGGCGAAUAAUGACGUUAAGUGGAGAAGUGAUAACUGCCUAUUUGCAAUAAUUGCAUACUAUCACGUUUAAAGCAAACUUUGGAUUUAAUAAUAAUCCUAUGUUCCAAAAUAAAAUAGUUAUUCAUUGUUGAAGAAAAUCAUGAGAUUUUUGGAAACUUUAAUACCUGAUGUAUUAUAACGAAUUGUAUAUCGUGGAAAUUGAUCAACUGCUGUGAAUAAAACUGUGUUAUUCACAAAAUAAUCUAAUGACGAUAAUUAUUUGUUGGAAGCAUAUCAAUUACUAUCUUCGUUACUUAUACAUACAAUAUAUUAAUUUUUAUUUUCUUCAUAACUAGAUUUAAUUCAUUAAAUUUGAUCUGAUUAUUUCUGAAUGCUAAUUUUUUAGCAUUGUUUUAAUAUUGAUUAAUAUUAUUCAUCUAUAAAUUAUAAUAAUUAAAUAAUAGUGUCUUGUUUUAAAAAAUUCUUGUUACUUAAAAUAAAAAAAAAGGUUAACAUGAUAAAUAUUUAUUUGUAAUUAUUUGAUCAUCGUAAAAAUAAUACACAUUACAAAAUUUAUAUUUGAUCCAAAAUGUACAUUAAAAAUUAUAACGUCAUUCUCUGUAAAAUAUAUAUUUAAAAAAUAUCAUGUAUCAUCAGUAACGAAACAUUUUAUAUUACGAAUUAUUUUAUCAAUGUUAUGUUACAUUUUGUAUAUUUUGUUUUCAUUUUUAUACUGCCGUUAAAACGUAUCACGUGACGUUUAACGAAUCACAUGUACAAAGUUUAUUGUUAAUAUAAUAAUAAUUAAUGAUAAUGGUAUUAACAUUAAACGAUUGAUUUGUUUUGUCAAAUCGUGCCAUUUUACCAGUGUUGUAUAUACAGUUGUAUUAUUGUACCAAUUGCGGCGUCGGAUCUCUAGAGUCAAUAUUAAUCGAUUUUGUUCGGCAUGGCGGUAGCAAAAAUUGUCCGAUUUGCUACUAGCUGACAAUAAUAUGUGACAAACUGAAAUCGCUAAAUUUAUAGCAAGAUAUUCGAAUAUGAAGUUUUAAAUGCUCCAAUUAGCAUUAUUUCAUCGUUGGUUCUGCUAUAUGUAUAAACGCUUUUUUAAAUAAAAUUUUCGAAAACAGGUAAAAUUUUAAUUUAUAAAAUAAAAUUUAAUUCAUUUUUUUUUUCUUAAAUAUUGUUUAUUGAUGUAAAUGUUUAAAAUAAUAUGUUGUAUUAAAAUUAUAAUUGUUAAGUUUAGUUUAUUCAAUUAUAAUUAUUAAGUAUUCAUUUCAUUUAUCGAUCACUAAUUACAUUAUAUAUUUAUGUAUGUAAAACAGUAAUAAUAUAAAUCACUAAUAUUUUAUAUAAAGCUAAAAGUGAAUCAACGAUAAAAUAUUGCUUAUGUAAAAUCACGCGCGUAUUUGCAUUUCAAAUUAUAUAAAUGAACGCGUGAAAAAUAACAUUUUGUAGAUGUCCUAACAGGCUGUUGUGUAAACGAAAAAACGAAAAAGAGAGAAAAACUGUCAUUGUAUGAAUAAAAAAAAGACGCGUGUAGAAUAUGUGUAUGACUUUAAUAGAAACUUUAAUUAUUUAACUUAAAAUUAUUCUAUUGUAAAAUAUUGUAAUAACUGUACGAAUAAUCCGUAAGUUCUAAUAAAACAAGGGUUAAAAAUC